CAGUGUUGUUCUUAUAUUUUAAGAACAUUUUUAUUUGUAUAAACCAUUCUGAAGAAGCAACAGAAGCAGAGAGAAAUGGAGGACACAGAAAAGCUCAAAAAGUCCAAGGUUAUCAAAAUAGACUCUCAAAAAUCAUGGGAACACUACAUCUCUCAUGCCACCAAUCAAAAGUACUCUCAGGUUGUGGUUCAUUUCUCUGCUUUCUGGUGUGUGCCUUCUAUAGUAAUGAAUCCUGUUUUUGAAGAACUAGCCUCCACUUACCAAGAUGUUCUGUUUCUGACAUUGGAUGUGGAUGAGGUUAAGGAAAUUGCCUCCAAGAUGGAGAUCAAAGCCAUGCCAACUUUUCUGUUGCUGAAUGGAGGAACUCCUGUGGAGAAAAUUGUGGGUGCAAACCCUGAUGAAAUAAGGAAAAUGAUUGAUCAUUUUGUUCAGUCAAGACUUUCCUAAAAAUCUGAGUGAACAAGGCACAUGGUGAACAAUGUUCACUGUACUAGGAAUCGUUUCAUGUAUGGUUUUAUAUUCUUAGUAAAUGAUAAAGUUGUUCUGUGCAUGUUUGUAUAUGUUUGGUGAGCCAUGGAAAGUCAGUGGAGUGUGAAUGGUAUUUUAGUAUGUAUUGAAAUUUCAUCAUGAUCACAUCAUUCUCUUAUAAUAUUCUUUCUUGUCUUAACAUUCCAA